CUUGCGAUGGCGUCAACAUCCUCAUAUGCGAUUGUGAACUUACUGAAACCUUCUACAAAACCUUCUGAGAAUGCAGUGUCCCAAACGGCAACGCCCUCGACCAAAGCCUUGCAUUUAGCAGAGAAACUUGCAGGUACAUAUUAAAAGAUGUAGUUUUGGUAGUUUAGAAUAAUUUCCCAGAAAAAUCGGUAAUUUUAAGAGAGUGAUGUCAAAUUAAGAGUAACAAUGAUUCCACCGAACAUGGAUUACAUGGAUCUUUCAAAAAUUACAGUUUAAUUAGAAUACGUUCGGGCAAUUUAAUUCUCAAUUAUCUAUAUAUUAUACGAUCAUGGUAUAAGCUCAUAUAUACUAAUUUGCUUUCAAAUUUCUAUAUCUAUUUUUAUUAUUAACACAAAGCUCAGCACAUUAUAUAUCUAUACAAAUUAUAAAGACGAGUAUAUGUUUUCAAUAUUCAACAUUGCAAACUCUAUAUAUAAAGGAAUAAAAUACUAGUAUCAUGGACAGAAGACAUUCGGAAUACAGUAGAACAUAUACAAUCUAUAUACUUACACUUUCCGCGUUUCUUGGCCCACUAUAUACAAUUGAAAUUCAUUUGAAAUGUAAUUGGCAUGGUGGCGAUCUGUUGACAACAUAGACGGUCCCGUCUUUUAUGAAUAUAAAAUAAUUUUCAAUCAAUAAUUUUACAAAUAAUUUUAUACAUUUGUACUGUAUAUCGAAAUUUCCAUCUACAAACCCUUCUUCAAUUAGUUGCGUCGAGUGAGAUGCCCGAAAUCCUGAUUUUUACCCAUAUUAUAUACGUAAAGGAGAAACUACUUCAUUAAUAUAUAUACACUGAGUAUAUAUAUAUUUUUAUAUAUAGUCUCAUUUAUCCGUUUUCGAAAUUGUGUGGAUAUGCUGGUCGAUAUACAGAUGAAACACAAUACGUCCUCUGGCAGGAACCGACCUGUGGCCCCAUGCAUAAGAUUCUGGUGCGACGCUCUAACCAACUGAGUUAUACAUUUGCGUUAGAGUUCGAAACUCGGCAUGGCCUCUGUUAACUCAGUUGGUUAGAGCGUCGCACCAGAAUCAUCUGCAUGGGGCCGCAGGUCGGUUCCUGCCAGAGGACGUAUUGUUGCAUUUUUCGCAACUCCUCCUGGUUAGGUCUAACCAUAUAAUGCUUCAUAAUUCUUAUAGCUAUAUAUAGUCCUUUUAUAAGGAGUUGCUGCAAGAUUUUAAAAUUUGUAGGGGGCGUGCAUGCAUGCAAGAUCAUUGAAACUUGAUUGGGCACAAAGCUCAUGCAUUGCACUUUUAGUAAAGUUCUAUAGUCUAUACUGCACUAAUACAAGGGACUGACAUAGGCAGGUGACUUUUGUAUAUAGAUACUUCACUGACAAGUUACACCACGUUAUUCAACUUGAUCUUUGAGUUAUAUUACAUGAUUUCAAUGUUAGUUAUCAGAAUAAUAGUGGAACGAAAAUUAAAGAUAUAAACAGGAUUCCGUGCACAGCAUGUAUGCAGCGAUAUAUACUGAAUAGCUUCAAUGCUUCAUUAACGUAUAUGAAGUGAUUUAUGAUUGUUUAAUUGCAAAACUAUACCGCGGACAAUGCAUGCAUGUAAGGAAACAGUCAGAGUGAUCAGGCUCUUUCAUCAAAAUCAAUCAAGCAAAGAUUUGCUUGUGAACAACUUCUACAUACGCCUAAGAGCUCUAAGACAAAGGGCAUAUUAUAUACGUAAAGGAGAAACUACUUCAUUAAUAUAUAUACAAGUAUAUAUAUAUAUUUUUAUAUAUAGUCUCAUUUAUCCGUUUUCGAAAUUGUGUGGAUAUGCUGGUCGAUAUACAGAUGAAACAUAAUACGUUAUAAAUCAUUCUAAGAUAGUUCUUAGACAUUUGGAGACACUAGCCACCUUGAAAUUCGACAUAUAAUCAUACGUCGGAACGUUCACAAGUAAAAUACAGAUAUGAAAAUGAUAAGAAAAUGAUGAGCGACAUGAGUGUUAUGUCGCUGACCGUGAAACAAAUAUUAUUACUGAGUAUAACAACAAGUUUUCACUUCAUUGGAAGUUAAAGUUUGUUAUUGAUGUAUUUUGUCAGGUAUAUAUAAAAUAAAUAUACAAUGCAAACUCGGGAGGUCAACCACUUAUAAUUCUUAAAUUAAACUCGAUUCAAUAAAAGAUCAAGAAAAACGCGUGCGCUAUGAUAAAAAGCUUAGCCAAAGCUUAAAAUGGCUUAACGAAUACUUUAAUCACUUGAAAAGUAAUCCAGAUGGAGAAUCGUUGACUAGUUGCUGUCUAAUAAAGAUGAUAUAUGGUUAGAAUUUGAUUUAUGUGAAAAUAUAGACACACCUUCGCCAUUUUGCUUACGUACAUGCUGCAGCAGAUGGUAGAUGUAAGAACGAGAUAUCGCCAUUGUGUUUACACACUAUACAGGCAUACACUUGCAUAUGUCCAGAACUGUGAAUUUCAAGGAGUUUAAUCAACUCCAAAAGAGUUAUUCUGUCACAGAAUUUAAAACUGGAGUUGAUUCAACAUGCAAUCCUUGGAAUUUACAGUGCAAGAUGAUUUAGAUGCAUGGCACUUUUUCGGCACAAUCUACAAUUAGCUCACGCGCUAUGCCUAUAUAUGCUUUAAUCAUUCCUAUAAUCUAGCUUAUAACUAUGACAAUCCUAAUUCUAGUUACACUGGCCUGUAGGCCAAGUGUCUUAAAUCCCUCUUUUUCUGUUUUCGACGAGAAAUGGAGUUUGCGUUUGGUCAUCGCAGGCUCAGGGUGCAACGUGCUCCAGUGACAUAUUCAGUUCAGUUUCAAAAUGGCGGCUUUUCACUGAGCGAUCUAAUAUAAAGUUCACACAGUUUCGUUGAAUUUUCAAAGAAUUGUGCCGAUUUCCUAUGGAUUUUACGUUGUGUCGCACUCUGGCCUUUAUUGCGUGUUGAAUUAGUGUUUUUCUUUGUGUAACGACUCGAAAACCCCAAAAUUUGGACCCAGCGAAUUUAUACAAUAUAGUGGAAUAUAAACAAAGACAAGUUAAAGGUUUGACAGUUUGACUUUUUAAUUAACAAGUAUAAAUAUACGCUGUACGUAGGCUCAUAAACAUGCGUUGUGCUCUUGUAUUUAUUUGCAUAAUUAUAAAUUUGCACCUAAUUACAUUAAUUUGCGCCAAAUUACUUUCUAAUUCAUCAUAUAUUACUAUAAAAUGUAUGUUUUCGAUUGUAUUCAGCGAGGUGGCGUUGCGUGCGGCGAAUUGAAACAUGAUACGGUUCGAUUUGUUUUUGGAACAAGAUCCAACUCCCCCCCCCCCCACACUUUUUUAAUUCUCAAAUUGUUUAUUAGAUGUUUACUGGUUGGGGUUAGAGAAGGGCUUUGGGUUGGGAUCAGUUUAUCUUAUAAAUGGAAGCAAAUUGGCGUAUUUUUUAGAAGAAUCGUGCGGGACUCAAUCGUCUACGUCUAUGAACUUUUUAGCACCUGAAACUAGCCAUAUAACGGCAUUAAAAAUCAAGGACCAUAAUUUCUUCGCUAUUAUUGGCCCGUCAUUAUUUACGGUUGGUAGUUGAUGAUCAUAGUAUUACAGUGGGCCUGGCUUGUCAGGUUGAGUUGCCCGUAGCCGGAGGGUACGUCUGAGCCGGCGUCUUGGUAUAUUAUGGUUGAUAGAUGCUGAUCAUGAUUGUAUUUAUUGGUUGUAUUUAUAUGAUCCAGUAUCCCUAUGAUCCUGUAUCCCUAUCUAUUUCUCUACUACACAUUACACCCAGUACCACGAAAGUUGCCAUUUUCAGGCCAGUUUGAACGCCUGAGCGCCUAGGCGUCUUGUUACUAAUUAAAUACCCUUGCACCAUAUAGCAAAACCCUCCAACUAUAAUUCAAUCGUCGACUCAGAUGCCAACAAAAUACUACAAAAUCUUGAUAUUUAUACUACUCUAGUAUAUUAUUAUAUACGUGAACUUGCGGUUAGAGCUCGACAACUGGACUCUGGUACUGCAUGGUAGCUCAGUUGGUUGGAGCGUUGGUUGGUUUACUUUCUAGCCUAAUUGGAAAAUUCCAACAUGAGCUCCACCUUUGAAUUUACUAUGUCCGAAAUUAUCAUUAUGAUAAAUUCGCGGCACAUUUUGAAUUUAUCAAUAGAGUUAAUCAUAAAACCACAAGCAUUAGACAAGGUUCCUUGUUAUAAAUGUAAUGGCACUGGAAGGAAGGCCGGUCGCGAGGGGGUGGGACGUUUUUCAAGUUCUUAAAAAAAAUAGUUUUUAAAAAAGUUUUAAAAGAGUUUUAAAAAGCAAAAAAAGUUUAAAAAGUUAGAUUUUUAAAAAUGUUAAAAAAGUUUAAAAAAUUUAAAAAGUUAGGGUUAGGGGUUUAUAGUGGUUAGGGGUUAGGGGUUAGUGGUUAGGGUUGGGGUUGGGGUAGUUAGUGUUAGGUGCCGCGAAUUUAUCAUUAUGAUAAAUUCAAAAUUUGCCGCGAAUUUAUCAUAAUGAUAAAUUCGGACGUGGAAUUUACUCAUAUAGUAAAUUCAAAGGUAGAGCUCAUGCUGGAAAAUUCCGAAUAUAAUGUACUUCAGUCAGGCGGAACUUUCUUACAGCAUACACGCCACUAUCAGUGAAUAUUAUAUAAUUAUGAAUUAACGUACUCAAAUCACUCCGAAAUUCUCCGAAAGUUUAUAGUUACCAAGAAAUGAGAAAUGAUUUAAUUCAUAAAAGACGGGGAUUAUAAAUAGAAGGCAUGAGCAUACUUUGCUCAGUGCCUCUGAACUGGGGGUAAUUAGAAGGUGCUGGGGGGAGGUCAUUACAUUAACGAUACGUAUUCUGGCGUAUGGAAACUACUGAUGUAACUAUAUUUAGUUUAUGGCGACAUUUUCAAAAAAAUAGUUUUUAAAAGAAGUUUUAAAAGUUUAAAAAAGUUUUAAAAGUUUAAAAAGUUAGAUUUUCAAAAAAGUUAAAAAAGUUAGGGUUAGGGGUUAGUGGUUAGGGGUUAGUGGUUAGGGUUUGGCCGUUAGUGUUACGUGCUGCGAAUUUAUUAUUAUGAUAAAUUCAAAAUGUGCCGCGAAUUUAUCAUGAUGAUAAAUGCGGACGUGUUUAAGAAUUUACUCAUAUAGUAAAUUCAAAGGUGGAGCUCAUGUUGGACAAAUCGCAGCGUGUAAACGUACCUUUGAUUGCAUUGAAAAAUAUGAGAUACCCAGUUUCAUACUGUGGAUAUUCUAUAUAAAUUACCUGGAAAAAGGUCAGAAAUUCAACUUCCACAGUUUUGGAUACGUAGCUGCAUAGAAUGGACAUUUUGUGCAUAGAAUGAACAAGUGUGGAGAUCAGAUAGGUAGUUCCAGCUAGGGCUCCGAUUUAAUUAAACAAGCAAUAUACUGAGUUGGAGUUAUACCCUGGUUUAUCAGUGGUUUAGCUCGUUUUGGCGCCGCCCGGCUCCAGUCGGGGGUCGCAGGUCAAUUAGGGACCGCCGAGCAAGGAUGACAAGUAUUUUAGCAAGGUAUUUUAGUUGAAGUAUUUUAGCAAGUUUCACAUGUUCUUGGCUAGCAACUCCCGUCGACAGUUUGAAUGAGAAGGACAAGGAUGUCCUCAUCAGUUUAGCCAGAGGGCCAUUAGCACAUGCACUGUUACGCCACUGGAUUAAACAUUGUUUGAAUACAAAAAUGCAAACAUGACACUGACUGUUUUAAUUCAGAAAUAAUCCUGGAAGCUAAAUGUGGUGUUGGAAGAGAGCAUCAAAAUUGCAAGCGUCGAACUAGGACUGCCUUUACUUCCCAUCAAUUGAUGACUUUGGAAAAUGUAUUCUUACAAACACAUUAUCCUGAUAUUUGUAUGAGAGAAAACCUGGCAAGAUGCAUGAACUUGGUUGAAUCAAAGAUACAGGUUUGUCUCUUUAUCAUGAAGAACUACUCGCUGCAAGCGCUUACAUGCACACAUGCAUCUCAUUUUAAGCUCCAGCUUACUAGAGCAAUAUCUUUAGCAAUUAAAAUUCCAUGUUAAAUGGAUGAUAAUCUUUUCCACACUUGGCAAAAUACGUGACAAGCUGCAGCGAUUAUUUAAAAUGUUAGCCAGAAGAUAAACUUGUCAAUCAGUGGACUGAACUAUAUAUAGCUGAUUAAUUUAAGCUGAAUGCAUCUUUCUGAACGUGAAUGAAACUCAUAAAUAUUGGGCCCAAUAUUUAUUUCAGUAUAUUGAUCCCCGAGACAACUUCCCGCGUUAUACGGACGUUUUUGGUUGAAAAGUCAAGGGGUUGCUGCAUGCAUGUAUUUCUAGUAGAGUAUUAAUGCUUCCUCAUCUUCAAUAUAGGUAUGGUUUAAAAAUCGUCGUGCAAAAAACAGAAAAGAACGAAAAAAUAGCGAGAAGACGUUGUUUGCUUCACAACGCUAUUAUCCCAGUAUGAACAAAUCAUGGAUAUCGGCGGUUAACGACCAAUCUCUCAUAAAAUACUCAUAUGAUCCACAACGACCGCAAGUGUUUCCAGUCACCAGGCCCCGUGCUGUGAAUCCGCAUGGACAAACGUGGUGUCCGCCUUGCUGUAGUUGUUGUGCAGCAGGAGUUCCACUCAGACGCAUUGAUGAGGAAGACGAAUUUUAUCUUUCCUUUUAA